CUCUCUUUAUCUUUUGACGUCUAUACGCCACAACGCUCAGUGGCUGCACUACACCCCCACACUCGAUUGUUUACUAGCAUCCUGCAAACCCACAACUACACCCCAAGCAAGCCACAUGACACAAGGAGACAGCAGCAACAGCGCCCCAGAGGCCUCGGCCACUGGCUCGGCCGCGCCUACCGCGCCCAUGGCACCGCUGUCGCGCGAGAACCGCCCCGAGAUUGUCGGCGCCGACGUCCCAGAAGCACCGUACCCCAUCGAGCUGUUUGGCACCGUCACAAAGGGCUUUGGCAGAGGCGCGCGCUUCCUCGGCAUUCCCACUGCCAACCUGCCCGACUCGUCGCUCGGCCCGCUCAACGACCUCGGCCUCACGGGCAUCUACUACGGCUUUGCGCGCGUGCACCCCACGUUCUCGACGCCGCUGCCCACUGCCGCGCCGACGCCCGCGCUGACCCCUUCCCCGUCGUCGACCCGCCUCGUGGAGCAGGCGACGGCCGGCGCCGCCGCCGAACACGGCCACCACCACCCCGCCAUCCCCAAGUCGGUGUUGAAACAGCCCCUCACGUCCGAGCAGAUCGCCCAGCUCCCACCACAGACGGCCCCAUACCCCCCUGACAGCGUCCCCGAUACCCCCACCGUGCCCAAGCGCCUUGCCGACGAGGACGGCAAGGUCUGGCCCAUGGUCAUGAGCGUCGGCUGGAACCCGUACUUUAAGAACGAGAAGAUUACGGCUGAGGUUCAUAUCAUGCACCCCUUCGCCCACGACUUUUACGGCCACGAGAUUAGCGUCCUCAUCCUGGGCUACAUCCGCCCAGAGCUCGACUACGUCUCCAAGGAGGCCCUCAUCCAAGACAUUCAGACCGACGUCAAGGUCGCCCUCAACUCGCUCUCUCGUCCCGCAUACGCUUCCCAGGCCACAUCAACCUUCCUCACCCAAGGCCCCAGCCGAACCGCCUAGGGCGAGUGUCCGCUUUGGGCUGAAUAAAUCGGCCGGUUAGACGGUGUCGAUGUAUGGGUCGACGGCGACUCCACUGCAUUAGUAUCCUCCCAAGACAAAGGGCGAGCAUGCGAGAUGGCGUCGACAUGGCGCGCUCACAGCGUAUUGACAGGUCUGUAAUACAUCAAUGGGUGGUUGAAUAAUGCCUACAAUGUAAUGGUCUGUGCGCGCUGGUGGCAAAGCCACAAUGAUGUCAAAUGGCUACACGUCUAACUCCCC